GGGCUGGUGAACAUGGGCCGCGUCGGGGAGCUCAAGGGCCAUUACCUCUUCACCUACCAGCCUGACGGUCACGCGGCAAAUGAACCCGAAGCAAUAAGGAGGUCAGUGGACACUUUGUUUGCACAGCAUGACAGCGUGCGGUGGCACUCGGAACAGAAACUUCUGAAACGCUCCAAACGCAGCCUGCACUUUAACGAUCCCAAAUACCCCCAGCAGUGGCAUCUGAACAACCGCAAGAGCCCUGGGAAGGACAUAAAUGUCACAGGCGUCUGGGAGCGGAACGUGACGGGGCGCGGUGUGACGGUGGUGGUGGUGGACGACGGCGUGGAGCACACCAUCAAAGACAUACAGCCAAAUUACAGCCCUGAAGGCAGCUAUGACUUGAACUCCAAUGAUCCCGACCCUAUGCCUCACCCUGACGAGGAGAAUGGGAACCACCACGGGACCCGCUGCGCCGGGGAGAUUGCUGCUGUGCCAAACAACAGUUUCUGCACCGUGGGAGUUGCCUACGGGAGCCGCAUCGCAGGCAUCCGAGUGCUGGACGGGCCCCUCACCGACAGCAUGGAGGCCAUCGCCUUCAACAAGCACUAUCAGAUCAACGACAUCUACAGCUGCAGCUGGGGUCCAGAUGACGAUGGGAAAACCGUGGAUGGCCCUCAUCAACUGGGAAAGGCCGCCCUGCAGCACGGCGUGAUUGCGGGUCGCAGGGGCUUUGGGAGCAUUUUUGUCGUGGCCAGCGGCAACGGCGGGCAACACAACGACAACUGCAACUACGAUGGUUAUGCCAACUCCAUCUACACUGUCACCAUAGGCGCAGUGGACGAGACAGGCUCCAUGCCGUUCUACGCUGAGGAAUGUGCCUCCAUGUUAGCGGUGACCUUCAGCGGCGGGGACAAGAUGAUGAGGAGCAUUGUGACAACAGACUGGGAUUUGCAGAAGGGCACGGGCUGCACGGAGGGCCACACGGGGACGUCAGCCGCCGCUCCUCUUGCAGCCGGGAUGAUCGCGCUGAUGCUGCAGGUGCGGCCGUGUCUCACCUGGCGAGACGUCCAGCACAUCAUUGUCUUCCCCACCACCAAGUAUGAGGAUCGUCACGCCAAGUGGGACGUCAACCAGGCCGGCUUCAGCCACAGCCAUCAGCACGGCUUCGGCUUUCCGAAAGCCUUUGGGGGGGGGAAGGUCUGGGAGUCCGUCCCGUACCUCGCCUCGUAUGUGAGCCCUGUGCUGAAGGAGGGCAGGAGCAUCCCAUUACUCCCGCAGGAGCUGGAGGUCGCCUGGAACGUCACCACCACCGACCUGGAGCUCUCCGGCAUGAGAACCCUGGAGCACGUGGCAGUCACUGUGACCAUAACCCACCCGCGCCGCGGCAAUCUGGAGAUCAGGCUCUUCUGCCCCAGCGGCAUGAUGUCCCUGAUAGGGACCACCAGGAGCAUGGACUCGGACCCCAAUGGCUUUGCCGACUGGACCUUCUCCACGGUCCGGUGCUGGGGUGAGGAAGCCCGGGGCACGUACAGACUGGUUGUCAGGGACAUCGGAGAUGAGAGCCUGAGACCUGGGACCCUGAAGCAGUGGCAGCUGACCCUGUACGGCUCCUCCUGGUCCCCAGCAGAGAUGAAGGAACGGCAGAGGCUGCUGGAGGAUGCCAUGAGCGGGCGGUACCUGAGCAGUGACUUCUCCCUGCCCUGCCCUCCCGGGCUGGACAUCCCCGAGGAGCAGCGCUACACCAUCACAGCCAACACCCUCAAGACUCUCCUGCUGUUGGGAUGCUUUGCCGUGUUCUGGACUUUCUACUACAUGCUGGAGGUUUGCCUGACCAGGAACAACGUGGGCCUCGACCUGACCUGCAACGGCUCCGGCACCUGCAGAUGGUACCAGCAGGGAGGGAAGCACAGGGCCCUGGAGAGCGGCCUGGAGAUGGAGUCAGUGCCGCUCUACCGUGAGAAGGACAUCGAGGACGUCGAGAUGGAGUGUGAGCACCCAGAGCCUACCCAGGAGGACGAGGGGGAGGAGGGGUCCUGGACCCCCACCCACCCCAAACUGCCCAGCAGUGGCAGAGCUGCGAGCUUCCCUGAGGCGGCCGCCACCGGAGCAGGGUACCUUGGCCAGGAGGUGACAGCCGAGCGGCUCUCAGAGGACAGGGAGCACCAGACGUGCUAG